AUUGCUGAUGUGUCUACAGCUGUCAAAAGUUGCAUGUUAAACGAAAAGUCGAAAGUUUAAGUCAGUGAAUAAAAUAUAUUUUACCACCCACUAACGUGCUGAGCAAACAGGAUGUCAAAGGACGCUAAUCCCAAGGAGGCGCUUAUAAAGGCAGCAUACGCUGAUGUGAAUAAGUUCGGCAAUAACCAGGAGUUUGACAAGGCUGUCAAGGCAGUGAAUCGAAUCCUAGGCGUAGCCCCCGACGAUCCCACCGCCCUGCACUGCAAGGUGGUCUGCCUGGUGCAGCUUUCGAAGUUCGAGGAGGCCUACAAGUUCAUCGAGAAAAAUCGACUGUCCUCGCUCUUCUUUGAGAAGGCCUACUGCGAAUACCAACUUAACAAGCAGGAGCAAGCGCUUAAGACCAUAGACGAUGCGGGCCUGCAGCCCCUGCCUCCGAACCUUAAGGAGCUCCGAACCCAGGUCCUAUACCGCUUGGAGCGCUACGAAGAGUGCCUAGACUCCUACCGCGACAUCAUUAAGAACACCAGUGACGAGUACGAGGAAGAGCGUCGGACCAAUCUCAGCGCCGUGGCCGCCAACUUGGCUGUGGAUCAGACCAAGAAGGUGCCCGAGGUGCCGGAAGACACCUACGAGCAGUACUUCAACAGCGCGUGCAUCCAGGCUAAUCGGCAGAAGUACGCCGAGGCCGAGCGCAAGUUGCGCACCAGCGAGAAGCUCUGCCUGGAGGACGAGUGUGCCUCCGAGGGGGAGGUCAUUGAAGAGGUAGACAUCAUUCGCGUCCAACUGGCCUACGUCCUUCAACUGCAGGGAAAGACCAAGGAGGCGUCUAGCAUCUACGCGGACUGCCUGCGUCAUAAGCCAAAGGACGCAGCCCUGGUGGUCGUGGCAAGCAACAACUUGGUGGUAGUCAAUAAGGACCAGAACGUCUUCGAUUCCAAGAAGAAGAUACGCGCUGCCCUUUCCGACGCCUGUGAGUCUAGGCUCACCUCGCGACAGAAGCAGGUCAUAGCCCUCAACAACUGUCUGCUGGCACUUUACACUAAUGCCGGCGACCAAGUGCAACAGCUUAGCCAAAAGCUGGCUCAGACCUAUCCGAAGGUGGAAUUCGAGGCGCUGCUCAUUCGCUGCACCCAGCUGGCCAAGGAUCGCAAGCACAAGGAGGCCAUCGAUCAGCUACAAAAGUUCGCAGCAGCUCACAAGUCCCACGAAUUCGUCAGCAAGUUUGCUAUCAUACAACUUCAGCUGCUUCAGGGCAACCGCAAGGAUGCAAUUGAAACACUGCUGUCAUUGGGCGAGGCCAAGUACAAGCCUGGCGUUGUCUCCGCUCUAGUCUCCCUUUAUCUGGGCACGGACAACAAGACAGCAGCCUCUGCUCUGCUGAAGUCCGCUGUCGACUGGUACAAGAAGAACAAGGUGAGCAGUGGUGAUCUGUCGGACAUGUGGCGCCAGGCAGCCGAGUUCCAUUUGCGUGGUGGCGCAUCCGAGACGGCCGCUAGCUCCCUGGAGGAACUACUUAAGCUGAACCCCAACGAUACCAAGGUCUUGGCCCAGUUGGUCAUUGCCUACGCCCAGUUUCAGCCUAAGAGGGCUCUUGAGUUAAGUAGAAAGCUGCCCAAGCUGGAAACGUUGACCACUGCUUCCGAAAUCGACGCCCUAGAGGCGGCCAACUGGGUGAUGUCAGCUAAGGCGGCCAAGAAGACUGCCAAUACCAAGGCCGAACCCUCGCCGAGCACACCGCUAGAUAAAAAGAAGAACAGGAACCGGAAACGGAAGGGAAAGCUCCCCAAGAACUACAACGCUGAAGUGGCUCCUGAUCCAGAGCGCUGGCUGCCCAAGUACGAGCGCACAGGCUUCCGAAAGAAGCGAGGUGGCGCACGCGGCAAAGAUGUCAUUAAGGGCUCCCAGGGCAUGGCCUCAGGAGCAGCCGAUCAAUACGACAUGUCCAGCCGCGUGAAUCUGACCAAGAACUCCCCCGCCACACCCGUUUACCAGGAAACAGCUCCAGGUCCAAGGCAGCAGCACCGCAAAGGUGGCCACAAAAAGAAGAAGGGCGGCCGCUUCUAAACUGACACAGAUCCAAUGCCUUUAUACUUUCGAACGCUGAUUAUAAAAACCGGUUUUGCAUUUUA